CCCCCAAUCUUGUUUAUGAAAUCAUAGACAAAAUUGGCAGUCGUCUUGAAAGAAAAUAUGUAUCAGCAUUAUCGGCUGAAAAACAGGUGCUUGCAGCGCUUCGUUUUUAUGCGACCGGCUGCUACCAACGGCCAGUGGGAGAGCAAUGGGGACUCUCAAUGAGUCAGUCUUCCAUUAGUCGUUCAAUUCAUAGGGUAACUGAUGCCAUAAAUGAAACUAUGUUUAUGGAAAACGUACGUUACCCGAUGACGGUAGUUGAACGACAGGUUGCCCGAAGUAUUUUUUCAGCAGCGCGUGAGCCUUUUGAUGGCAAUAUUGGUGCAAUUGAUUGCACGCUCAUAGCAGUUAUCGGGCCAAAAGAUCAUGAGGAGGCAUACAUUAAUCAUCACGGCUAUCACUCGAUAAACGUUCAAAUGGUGUGUGAUCCGAACCUCAAAAUUUUGAAUGUAAAUGCGAGAUUUCCCGGUGCACGUCAUGAUGCAUAUAUAUGGAAUGCAUCCGCUGUUCGGAGAGCAAUGAAGCGAGCGUAUGAUCGGGGAGACCAUAGCACAUUUUUAAUAGAAGACUCGGGUUACCCAUUAGAGCCAUGGCUGAUGACACCUCUAUCAAACCAGAGAGAAGGUACACCGCAAUUUCGAUACAAUGAGGCUUUAUGUAAAGCAAGGAACUGUGUCGAACGACUAUUUGGAGUUUUGAAGGGAACAUGGCGAUGCCUUUCGAAGCAGCGAGUACUUAUGUACGAGCCAGGCUUCGCUGGCAGGAUUGUAAACUCCUGCGCAGCUCUGCAUAAUAUGCGACUCAACACAGUUGAAAACAACAGCGAUAUACAAAGUGAAGAUCGAAUUGUGGAAGCAGUUUUGGAAGAAGAUUGGGAAGAAUCCAUUCACCCAUCAGCUCUCGCCAAGAGAAUGCAAGAGCGCCUUAUAGCUGCUAAAUUUACUUAG